ACGCCCACCUUCCUUAGUCAUCGACAAUAACUCAUUCGCGUCAUCUCAGGUAUACGUGUUUUACUGAAAGGGGUGUGUAGGGUGCUUGGUUUAACGAAAGCACAACAAGAAACACUGCUGACCUGAUUUCUGAGAAAAUAUGCAACUUGUGUUACAAUAACAAGUAUCCUGAUCACCCUACUAAUAUCACGGGUUAUCUAAGUCCGUGCUAGGUAAUAUAAACGAGGAUUUCCGGACCCCGGAAGUAAACGUUUCCUAGUAAAUAUUUAAUGUGAAGGAAGUACAUCAUGAGCGACAUGGGACUACAGGAAACACAAAACAUAUUCCAGCAUCGACAAAAGGAAGAGAACACCUAGCAAUCCGUCCGGUUGUGAGCCUUGAUCGAGGUAGGAAGGGACUAAACGCCACCUAACAUGAGAGCUUGGCUGUGGGCAUGGUCCAUGUUCUGGACAUUCUGUUUUCCGGCGGGAGUGGCAGGCCUCCGGAUUAGCGCGUUUAAUGUAAAGGUAUUCGGACAGAGCAAGUCCAAUAAAGCGGACGUAAUGGAUAUUCUGACAAAGAUCGUCCUAAGAUACGAUAUCAUCCUGAUACAAGAAAUACGGGACAAGGCCGGGACGGCGAUCCUGAAGCUACAACAGCAGGUUAACAAUGUUUCGGACAAAGUCUACUACGAUAUAAGUAUAAGUGGACGCCUCGGCAACUCGGUCUCCAAGGAACAGUACUGCUUUUUGUACAGGACGGAUCGAGUCAAAGUUCUCAGAGAGGAAAUCUAUGAUGAAGGUGGAAAUAUUACUAAAUUUGAGCGAGAACCAUUCCUAGUGGAAUUUCAGGCUAAAGUUCAAGGUUUGAACAAAUUCGUGUUAGGUGCACUCCACAUCAAACCGGACAACGCCGUAGAAGAACUGAUAGAACUCAGAAACGUGUUCGACCAGGCGAAAACUGUGUUCCAAACCAAUGACGUCAUGAUUAUGGGGGACCUGAAUGCCGAUUGUACUUACGUCCCCCAGAAAGACUGGCCGUCUGUCACACUGAAGACAGACCCUGAAUUUCAUUGGCUGAUUGAUGAUGACGUCGAUACAACUGUGAAAGCUUCGACUGACUGUGCUUACGACAGGUUCAUCUUGACCGGAAGCGAUUUCUUAUCUGCUGUGGUUCCCGGGAGCGCCAGUGUCUUCCUGUUCGAUAACGAAUAUGGUCUCAGUGAUUCUUUGGCCGGGGAGGUCAGUGAUCACUACCCUAUCGAAGUACAGCUCAAGGAUAGCGCCAAUGAAAUAAGCAACACAAACAAUGGUCAGCGCAUUUCGAGGGUCGAUCACGAGUUGCUGAUGAUGUCACUGUGGUCAACCUUUAUGAGUCUUUAUCCUGUGCUUGGUACUACGGACGGGUUUUGAACGGUGAAACUGUCCCCUACUGUACCUGUGGACAAACGACGCAUGCGUACCAAGGAAAGGUUUAGAGGAAUGCAAAUUAACUUCCGUUGACAAGGACCAUCGGGUAGUUAAGAUGGAACCCUGUUGUUAUUGUUCCAGAUACUCCCAACAAAACUCCUGUUAAAAAUGAAACCAGGUUAUUAUGAAUCUGUAGCCCGACAUUUCAGAAAACCUGUUUACAUUGAUUUUUUGUUAUUUUGUUGCCUGUUAUGCUAUAUAGGUCGUUGACGGUAUGGAUCCCGAGUGAUUCCGUUUACUCGACAUUCCAUAACAUUGCCAUUGGUUUACCGUGAGCGGAAUCCAGGUACUCCCAAGGUUUACCGUUUGCGGAACCCAGGUACUCCCAAGGUUUACCGUGAGCGGAACCCAGGUACUCCCAAGAUGUCUUGAUUCUCCGCAGGUUUUACUGUGAUCUUAUUUUGAUGACAUAGGUUGAAGUAUCACUCCAGAGAAAUCAAGAAACUAAUCUCUAUUAUUGUUAGAACUCAAAGCGUCCAAAGGAUCUGGUUCCGCUGUUAUCUCAGGAACAAGGUUACAUGUACCAGUAUACUAAUAUAUUUUACAUAUAUAUAUUUACGUACGAAAUGUGUUUAUUAAAUGUUAUUCUUGAUAAGAUAUAAAGUGUUUGUUUGGUGGUCGGGUGGCGCAGUGGAUAACGCACCCGCCUUUAACCAAUAUGGGGUUUCUCCGGGUACUCCGGUUUCCUUCCGCAUAAAUACCCCCGCGCGCUAACAUCCGGGCUAGCAAGAGUGAUUAAUAUAAGUUGAAAUAGCUUGUUUUAUAAUUGUUGUAAUAUAAAGUAUAUUUUCUAAUUGUUUCUACCUUAUUUAUGGAAAUAAUAAAUGAUAUUUUUGUUAUCACUUUGUGCAUUGUUGAGCUAUUGUAGCACGAGGCCUUUGUGGAUUGUUGAGCUAUUGUAGCACGAGGCAUUUGUGGAUUGUUGAGCGAUUGUAGCACGAGGCCUUUGUGGAUUGUUAAGCGAUUGUAGCACGAGGCCUUUGUGGAUUGUUGAGCUAUUGUAGCACGAGGCCUUUGUGGAUUGUUGAUCUUUU